GCGUACCACCGGCACCACCAGCUGCUAGCUGGGCUAGCGCAGCAGCGCGACACUAACUUCGUGUGGUGUAUGUAGCUAGUCAGCUGAAUACUGUAGAUGUGGAACUGCACUGGAAAACACGGACCGUGAAAUAUUCAUAUCCCAAUUCGUUACCAGGCUCCGAGUUGCCUUCCUUUUUUCUCUGGUGCACAGAGUUAAAACUCCAUCUGGAAGUUUGCACAAUGAAGGCUGCAGUUGUCAUGGUUUGUCUCGUCGCUGUAGCAUCAGCUCACCUCUGUCUCCUGAACCCGCACCAGCGUGGCUCCAUGAAAGGCAUCAAUGUUAAAGAGGCUGAUGACUGUGGCCUGCUGGUUAAACCGUGCGGGAAUCGCACUCAAGAAAAGCCAGGCAUUCAAAUCAAAGGAGGAUCUCCCUACACUGUUGUCUUCCAGAAGAACUUGAACCACUUUGAAACCUUUCCAAAUGGAACAGUCACAAAUGGAUAUUUUGAGAUAUCAUUUUGGACCUCCACUGAGUGUCACAUACUGGGCAAGGUUGACGAUGGAGCCACACCUUCCCUCACGCUUUACUCCCCAGUUGUGACCAUGCCAACUGGACCUAUUGGAGUUCCUGCCAUACUGCAGUUGACCUAUGUGACCAACAAUGCUGAAGUUCCCAUGGGAGGCAUCUUUUACCAGUGCACCGACAUUGAACUGUUCUAGGGCUAUAGAUGAGCUGAUCUGUGACUAUGGUGUAACUUUCAACAUCUUCCUAUAAUUUGUUUCUUUAAAGACAUGCUUGUAAAUCUUCCCCC